AUGGCGCCCAUAACACCUUUCAAUGCGGCGGAUAUAACUGAAAAAGCGCGGCGAGAGCUGCUUCUUCUGCUCGAAGGUAUACGAGGAAAGAAGAACCUCGUGCUUGAGAAGACGCUUGCCGGCCCGCUGAAUCUCCUUGUCAAGUUCUCGACGCUGCAAGAAUAUGGCGUUGACAAGCCCUUUUUCCUGGAGAACGACAACGUCGACUCCUCACAGCGCAACAUUGUCUUCCUCGUUAGAGGCGAAAAGGCAAAGACUGUGAUGGCUGUUGCUGAUCAGAUAAAACGUAUUCGACGCGACAGCGAAAUUGAACAUGAAUUCUCCAUCUUCUGGGUUCCCCGCCGCACUUUGACGUCCGAUCAACUACUUGAAGAAGCAGGUGUCCUGGGUGAAGCUAGUGUGAGCGAGUGGCCAUUGUUUUUCGUGCCUCUUGCAGAUGAUGUCUUGUCGCUUGAGCUGGAAGAUGCCGUGUCGGAUCUGUACCUUAGAAAAGACCCGACAGCCAUCUAUUUGUCAGCCAAGGCACUAAUGCUCCAACAACAAAAGUAUGGACUCUUUCCACGAAUCAUUGGUAAAGGUGACAACGGAAAGCGCCUUGCGGACCUGCUCAUUCGUAUGCGCACAGAGGUUGCGGCAAGCGAGACGUCUGCGGGCGGAGGGCCGUCGUUUUUGGGAUUGACACCUAGCUCCAACAUAGACAGCCUCAUCAUUAUUGAUCGAGAAGUUGACUUUCCUACCGUGCUACUUACUCAGCUCACAUACGAGGGCCUCAUUGAUGAGGUCUUCAACAUAUCUGCCAAUCAAACGGAAGUUGAUUCUUCGGUCAUUGGCGGUGUCACGCCUCAGCAAGGUCAGACGGGUUCGGCAUCUACCAGCAUGAAGCGUAAGGUCAUGAUUGAUGCCAAAGACACAUUGUACGCAGAUCUUGGUGAUGCCAACUUUGCCAUCGUAGGCAAUCUCCUCAACCAGGCAGCUCGGCGGCUCCAGAGUAGCACUGGGCGCGACCAGCUUGCCACGAAGACGACUUCAGAGUUGCGGGACUUUGUCGCAAAGCUUCCUGGUUACCAGGCCGAGCAAGCCAGUCUAAAACUACAUACUAGUCUUGCAGAGGAGAUCAUCAAGUUUACACGUACCGACAUCUUUACACGAAGUCUAGAAGUGCAGCAAAACAUCAUGUCGGGCGCAGACCCCACAACACAACAUGAUACUAUUACCGAGCUCAUCAACCGCGACGUACCUUUGCCUGCCAUUCUGCGCCUACUGUGCUUGGAGAGUACAACAAACGCGGGUAUUCGUCCGAAGGAUCUCGAAAACUUCAAACGCGCCAUCAUCCAAGCCUACGGGCCACAGCACAUGCUCACCCUCGCUUCUCUCGAGAAGAUGGGUCUACUCGCCCCACGAGGAGGCGUGAGUCUCGGCGGCGUAGGCGCACCGGCAAAACCGGGCAGUGUAACCAACUACACGCCCUUGAGAAAGAGUCUCAAAAUCUGGGACGACGAUGUAAACGAGGCGAAUCCAAACGACAUCUCAUACACCUUCUCGGGUUACGCACCCCUAAGUGUCCGUCUGAUCCAAUCAAUCAUUCAGAAACACACCCUAGCAAAUGCCAUCAAGCCCUCGACCGACCCUCGGGCGUCUGCUCAAGCAAAUCCCCUCGCCCAGGGCCUUCGGAUCUUCGAUGAUGCGACAAAAUACAUCCGCGGCGCCACGUUCGAUGAGGCGCAAAAGGGCGAGGAAAAAGCCGUCAAAGCCAGACAGCUACUUAAUGGUACCCAAGCCGAGAAAAACAAGACUGUAGCUGUGUUCUUCCUCGGUGGUGUGACCAGAGCGGAGAUUGCGGCGUUGAGGUUCAUCGGGAAUAAGUUGAAGGAAUCUGGGGGUGAGGGGAGGGGCAGUCGGAUUGUCGUUUGUGCGACCAACAUCAUUAGGGGAGAGGAGUUGGUAGGGAGUGCGGUUGAGAAGAGGAGGUUCAAGGCGUAA